AUGGAGAAAUACUACCCGCCGGACUUCGAUCCUGCUAAGAUCCCAAAACUCAAACUCCCCAAGGACCGACAGUAUGUGGUGCGGCUCAUGGCUCCCUUCAACAUGCGAUGCAAGACAUGUGGUGAAUACAUCUAUAAGGGGAAAAAGUUUAACGCCCGUAAGGAGACUGUUCAGAAUGAGGUGUACCUGGGACUUCCCAUCUUCCGCUUCUACAUCAAAUGCACGCGCUGCCUGGCAGAGAUCACCUUCAAGACAGAUCCUGAGAACACAGACUACACCAUGGAGCAUGGCGCCACUCGCAAUUUCCAAGCUGAGAAGCUCUUGGAGGAAGAGGAGAAAAGAAUGCAGAAGGAGAGGGAAGAGGAAGAGCUCAACAAUCCCAUGAAGGUCCUGGAGAACCGAACCAAGGACUCCAAGCUGGAGAUGGAGGUUCUGGAGAACCUGCAGGAGCUGAAGGAACUCAACCAGCGCCAGGCAAAUGUGGACUUCGAGGCCAUGCUGAAGCAGUACAAGGAGUACGAGGAGGAGCAGAAGCGCAAGGAGCAAGAGGAGGAUGAGCAAGAGAUGAAAGCUAUGCUGGAGCAGGCCCAGAACCGGAGGCUACUGGUAGACUCCGACUCUGAUGAAGAGCCUGCGAAAUCGCGCACGAAGCCUGCGGCCGAAACAAAACCUACGGACAUUUUGCAGGAGGACCCUCAGCCCCAGAGUAAGAAGCUGAAGACGGAGAGCUGGGAGCGGAGUGUGGGCAAAUUGAACACCAAGUCCCAACUGGCCGGGCUGGUCACAGUGAGGAAGCAGAAGCCAGGUCCUGCCCUGGCUAGUGGGACAGAGAACCAAGGCACCACGGCCAACACCGGCUCGUUUCCCACAGCAACGGGCACCACAUCCUCUCUCGGCUUGUUGGGGGCGUAUUCGGACAGCGAGGACGGCGCAAGUGACUGA